AUGACGAGACUCGUACUGCUCGCGGCCGCGGCGGCCGCCGGUCGGUUCUGCAAGGACUUCCACUCGCCGCGCCCCGAAACGCUGUACAAGCUGCUCCGCACGGUCCCGGAGCACGUUUUGGCCGUCGAUAAGCUGCGCACGGGCCCGCACCACAAGGAACGGGAAAGCGUGACGGCGCUCGCGGCCAAAUGUUGUUCAGUUUAUCCCGGCCAGACGGGCGCGCGGGCCGAGCGGGUCAAGGGCGACGUCGCGUUCGUCGCCGUUCAUUUCAAGCAGUUCGCGGCGUUCUUCGCGCGCGCCUGGCCGGCCCUCGAACAACGCAACCAGAAUUUCGUGCUCUACACGUUCGGGAACGACGACAACAUGCCCUGGGAGUUCUUUCAAUGCCACGGACUCGGAACCGACCGGUUGCGGGCGUUCCUCGGCGCGCCGCAGCUCCGUGGCUGGUUCACGCAGAACCUGGACGCGGCGCGGAGCCGCAAUAAACGACGGGGCCACUCGAAGUGCGCCGACGGGCUCAUGAGGUCGUGGCCGAAGUACGACGCGGAUCUCGACGCCACGCUGCGAGCGAAGCUCCAUUUUGUGCCGAUCGGGAUUAAGAUUCUCACCGGUCGGACGGGCGAUGGCUGCGCGGCCGCGAGGACGCUCGACGCGCUGCGCAUGUCUAGGCCUCCCUUCGCCCGGCGUUCGCCACGAAUCUUGGUGGCGCUGGGCACCGCCGGCCCUAACAGGGACCGUCGGGCGGAGGUCGUCAAACUGCUCUCGGGGCGACCGGAUGUCGCCCACGUCGUCGAGGGCCACUUGGACCAAGACGAAUUCUACCGUCAGUUCACCCAGUUCCAAUUCGUGGCGGCGCCCGGCUCGCACGGCCAGGACACGUACCCCUUCUGGGAGGCCGUCGCGCUCGGCGCCGUGCCCGUCACGCUGCGGGGACCGCUCGACGGGCUCUACUCCAAGGUGCCCUGCGUCCUCGUCGACGACUGGCGACCCAUCACUCCGGCCGAUCUCGUCGCCUGGCGUCAGAACUUGACCGAGCGGUUCGGGGACCUCGACGCCGCGACGCGGACCGCGCGGAGGACUGUUUUGAACAGCACGUUCUGGGCCGAACAAAUCCGCGCGAUGGCGUAA